AUCCAAUCAGGGCGCGCGUUCACGGGAGGCCGCCAAGCUCAGUUUGACUGACUGCUGUGUGUGUAAUAGCUGAAGUAGCUCGCACAUAAACACACACUUUUAUCAAACUAACUGUGAAUAUCAGCGCGAGAUAUGACGCGGAUGUGAGCGGGAUAGUUAAGCAGAACUGCCGUCUCAGAACGAAGACUGGCCACACACUCCGCUCUCCAUCAUGGCUAACGAUGCUGGACUCAAAGAAACUAAUGGAGAGAUGAAGCUGUUUGUCAACCAGACUCCGAGUCCGGGGAAGCCUGCAGGUGUGCUGUCGUUCCUGACCGUUCAUCCGGCGUCCAUCUCUGCGGUCAAGCAGAUCCUGCCUAAAACACUCACCGGCGCUCAUGUGCUGCCACAUGUGGUGAUGGGAACCCCUCAGAGGACGGUCCUGAUACCCGACCCGCGCUCGCCCCACACACACUUCCACACGCCGCAGACCCAGAACACACUCGAGUGCUCGCCCUGGUCCGCGGGGAGCUCGUCCGGCAGGCGCAGCAGGAAAGGCGAUAAGAGCGGGAAGGGUUUGAGGCAUUUCUCCAUGAAAGUGUGUGAGAAGGUGCAGAAGAAAGGGGUCACGACCUACAACGAGGUGGCCGACGAGCUGGUGACGGAGUUCAGCUCCGGGGACACACACAUCUCCCUGAACGAGGCGCACGUGUACGAUCAGAAGAACAUCCGCAGACGGGUUUACGACGCGCUCAACGUCCUGAUGGCCAUGAACAUCAUCUCCAAAGACAAGAAGGAGAUCAAGUGGAUCGGGUUCCCCACCAACUCGGCGCAGGAGUGUGAGGAUCUGGAGGUGGAGCGGCAGAGGCGACUCGAGAGAAUCAAACACAAACAGUCUCAGCUGCAGGAGCUCAUUAUGCAGCAAAUCGCGUUCAAGAACCUGGUGCAGCGCAACCGUCAGGCGGAGCGUCAGAGCAAGAGCUCUCCGUCUCCAAACACAGUCAUCAGCCUGCCCUUCAUCAUCAUCAACACCAGCAAGAGGACCGUCAUCGACUGCAGCAUCUCCAACGACAAGUUCGAGUACCUGUUUAACUUCGACAACAUGUUUGAGAUCCACGAUGACGUGGAGGUUCUGAAGCGCAUGGGUCUGGCGUUCGGCCUGGAGUCGGGUCGCUGUAACCCGGAGCAGCUGAAGAUCGCCAGAACCCUCGUUCCCAAAGCCAUGCAGCCGUACCUCACAGAGAUGGCGCAGGGUGCCGUUAACCAGCCGAUCGGGAAGCUUUCCCAUGUGGCCACAGACCGAGGCCCGUCCAGCUCAAACGGGUCCCGAAACGAGACGCCAUCAUCACACAUGGAGGAUGAAGAAGAUGAAGACGAGGAAGAAGACUUUGAUGAAGAUGAGGAGGAGGAGGAGGAGGAUGAUGAUUAGUUUGCUUCAGCUCCAGAACCGGUGAUAUUAUGCAGAUUCCCUUUGGUUUGCCCAGUUCUUGUUUGAAACUCAAUAUUGUGAUCCUGCUGUGAGGAUUCCUCAAAUGCUUCCCAUAAUUCUGCAGCUCAGUGUGUGAUCAGCUUAUAGCAGCUGAGCUCCUCUGAUCGUCUUGGGCUGUUCCUGCAGAACUCACAGUUACAGAGGCUCUCCCACUGGGGGCUGAGGGGAGCUGUGUUGUGAUGUCAUAGGCAGCUAUUUUUGAUAUAUCGGGGCGUUUGGCGUGAGCUUUGACCUCGAGAACAUGAGAUCACAACUCAAACGUCCAGACCUUUUUGUACAAUGUAACAAAUACUAAAGAAAAUAUAGAUUUCUUAUUCAUGUAUAGAUAUUAAACCGAACGUAUGAUUUA